AGGCAUGUCAUCCAAAUGAUUGCGAACGCGAGCUUGGAUGCGAUAGAGGAGGUGAUGCGCAAAGAUAGCGUCAUGUAUCUGAAGUCGGUGGAUAAGUUCAACGAAUGGACGAUCUCUGCGUUCGUCACCCCCGGAAACAUGAAAUUCGUGCUGUUGCACGAGUCCCGCAACGACGACGGGAUCAAAGCGUUUUUCACUGAUGUCUGGGAGCUGUAUGUCAAGACAAUGCUCAACCCGUUCCACACCGCGCACACGCCGAUCCGGAGUGCGGUCUUCGAUGCGCGGGUCCGCGCCAGUGCGAAAAAGUAUCUGUGA